GUUCACGGGAUCAAACUAAAACUUAAAAGGUACACCUUCCUGCUUUUUGCUAUUAAGUUAUUAGAAUAGGUACGUUAUCGAAAAAUGAUUACAUAGAAUAUUUAAAAGGAUUAGGUUGGUGAUGAUAUUGAAGAAUUUAGACGACCAUUUCGGAUCAUAACUUUUACUCUGCUAUUUUUUCAGUUUUUGUCGUUAUUAAUAGUAGUAUUCUUACAUAGUGAAAUCCAUAUUUCAACUUUAAUUAUGGUGCUUGUGAGAUGCCAAACCCUUGUAUUAGACUGAGAAGAGUUCGUGCCGUUUAAAAUAUCGGUUAAUUCUUUUGGGGAGCUUUCUCCAUUGAUUCCAAACUAAAGGAAUACAAAAGGUGUUAUCGGAUACCUACUCUGCCGUGGAUAUCUGCGAUGUUAAGAUGUUAGAAAUCCCGAUAAGCGAUAUUCCCUAUGUGAUUCAAAGGGGGGAUUCAGCGUUAUAUAUUUUUUUUGCAUUUGAAUUAUUCUACUGAGAACGUUCUAGAGGUGGCGAAGAUGAUCCUUUUCAUGGGUGUGUCUAUCUCCCUCUGAAGCGACCUCAGGGAAUAGGAUGAAAAACCAUCCGCGAGUCCUAUGAUGCUGCCGAUGCGGCACCGAUCUCAACGUUUCUGUCCAUUCACUUGUUUAUCCGAUUUGUGGUGAAUCCCCUGCUCUACAAAACCCCCACUUCCCAUACGAACACCUGCAAAAACGGCUCCAAGUGAAUAUAAAAGGAUAAGUAAGCUUGGAAGUGUGUGUGAGAAGGCCUACAGCAAUGACUACUAAGCAUCCUAUUAAUUCCACGUAUUGAACACUAAAAAAGUACCUUUUAAAGGUGUUUAGAAACCCUCCCAGUGAACGCUUUUGGACGUCUAGGGUAAGGCCUUGAAGAUGGAUUUCUUUUCAGGUGAGAUUCCGUUCUGCAAAGCCAAAACGAGGUAAGGUACUUUCGAAAGAAUUUAUUCUUCGUUUUAAAAGGGGUAUGACCUUUCUCAUAUCGUCAUCCUUUCAUGGAAGGCUAUGGUGUGAAUAGUGCCGUGCAUAAUUGGCAGAUUGGAGUGGUUGUGCGAACUGGUAUGGAAGCCAUGAAAGACCUCUUGCGCGGGAUGCGGUCUCCGCUGAGGCCUAAGACAGCGGCUUUCGAAUGGAAAACACCUCCCUGAUAACAAUGCAGCUCUCCUUUAUCGUCUUAAAUCUUAAAAUACCUGUAAUCCCUCUGAUAGGGAUUAUUUUAGUUUGGGGUAAGAUAAUGACGGGAAUAAUGAAAACAGUGUGACCCUCGUGCAGGAUCCGCAGCGCAAAGAUUUCAAUAAAUUCAUUGAAAACGUGAAUCCUCUAGGAUACUUACAUCAUGAAAUACCGGAAGAUUACUGAUGUGUGUUUGUAUAUUAUUGUUGUUCCUAACGUCAAAAUCAUAUAGUUCAUUCGGCUCCGCUUGAAACAGUGCUUGUUCCUGGCGUAUAAAAUCCAUCGCAAGCGAUAAAAAUUUCUCUGCGUUGAGGCCUGAAAAUUGAACGUCUAAAAAGUGUGAAAUAGUUAAAAAUGAAUAUCUUGAGCUCCAAACCAAACCCCCGGGCGUUUCCUCAGACAAGCCUGUUCGUGUGCUUGCCUUUUCCUUUUUUUCCCCCCCCCCUUCAUCUCUCUUUUCGUGAAGUCGAUCACCCCCCUGCUCAUUUUGCGCACCGGUGGUCGUAGGCUACCCCUUCCAGGGCAAGCUACCAACAACAAAAAAAGAAACUCAGAAAAAAUAUAAAAAAAAGGAACUUCAUACACACCAUGAUGCGAGUCACCCAAGAUGAUCUCAAUUGGUUUAACCUAAAGCUCAAGCACUGUGAGGGUGUGGAGAUUAAGUUGUUUUACCUCGCGCGCCCUUUCCAAACAAAUGAAACAGAAAAAGACGAGAAGGAAAAAGAGGAUCCUCUGGGAUUGGCCUGUGGGACUUUAUGGACCCUUGAUAAGGCCCUACGCGCAGCGCGUUUGAUUGUCUGCGAUGGCCGCUCGCUUUGGGAGCGAGUCGGGGGGGGAUUUCUCGCGGGCUUUUCUGAAAUGCUCAACCCGUGGAAUGAGCAAAACGCGGUCAAGAUAAUUUAUCAAUUCCUUUCGCAGCGAACGCACUGUGCGGGUGCCCCUACAGAAACAAGAGAAAACAACGAGGAAGAGAAUGGGCUUUGGGCAGCACUUGAGGGGCACGCAAUCAAGCAUAUUAAACCCCAACAACUCCAUCGUCUGUGCAGCCCCGACGAUUUGAAGGCCCCCGGAAAGUCUACAGCGGGGAAAGUUAUCGCGGUAAAAAAAACACAACAUCACGGCGAAGGGGGUUUGGUGUGUAGGGGAAGUGUGGGGGGGUUUGGCGAGCUCUUCCGCCUCCCGCGAUCCAAACUUUUCUAUCGCGAGACGGUUCUGAAGCAUUGCGAUCUCGGGGUCGCCGUCGGAAAGGACCCUCGCCUGGUAAAUCUUCUCGAGAGCGUCGAGGUGUUGUUGGUGAUGGGUUUUCUCUACGAACUUCACCUCGUCGGGGCCGAGCACUCGCACUGGCGGGAGCUGCUUUUGUCCUGCCCUCGGGGCUUUCCCACCGUCCCGCUUUUCUGGUACCUCGGCGACCUUUGCGAGCUAGCGGGAAUGGAUAUUUUUGAUAUCGUCCUCCAACAACGCGAGGAAUCCGAGCACGCCGCGCGCGCAAUUGAGCUCUUUCUCCCAAUUAUCUGGGAAGAUCUGGCCCCGAUGCGGGGUGAGUGGAGCUUUGAACGGUUUAAAACAAUCUUCACCGCGGAGUGGAUCCACUUCGCGAAGGCUGUCUUCAACUCCCGCGCAUUUAACCUCAACAUUGACGGCGAUGUCGUCAUCGCGAUGGUGCCCUUGGCUGAUAUGCUCAACCACCAAAACCUGACGGACGUGCUCGUCCGAAAAGUGGAAUCGGGCGGGGGGGAUUUCGUCAUGCUCGCGGGCGCGCCUCUGGAGGAAUCAGAAAUCGGGCGCGAAUUGUGGAUGAGCUAUGGGCCCUUGCAAAAUUGGGAGCUGCUGUAUAAUUAUGGGUUUGUAUUACCCCAGAAUGUUCACGACAGGUUGCCUUUUCCCCUUCAAGACGCCCUUGUUGAGGAGGAAGACGUGUGGGGACAUCGUCGACGUCGGUUAAUUGAAAAAUAUCAUCUUUGCGUUAAUGGUGAAUGUUGGUUGGCGGUGCAUGGGGUGCCCUGUGAGGCAUUGCUCGCACUUCUCCGCCUGCACCUCGCGCAGCCAGAGGAGUUUGAUAAAAUGGAAAGCAAAAGUCCUUUUAUUGCGCUCUCGGUCACAACAGAAUUAAAUAUCGUGCAAACAGUUGAGAAUGUGGUGAAGUCCAUCUUGGAGCAGUUCCCCGACUCCCUCGACGACGACAAAGCGGCCUUAGCGAAAAUAUCAGAAGAACCAUCAACGGAUGCAGUGAAUGACCAUGACGAUGAAUUACAUGCACUCGAUAACUACAUGCUAUGUCUUCGAUUGCGGAUUGGUCUUAAAGAAAUUGCAUACAGAACCCUACAAUGGUGCAAAGAGACUCAGACAGAGAUAGAAGAAAAUCACCGCGGCUAA